GAAUAAAUCAUAGAAUUUCGACUAUUUUCUAAACUAAAAUUCCAACCAUUAAAUUGGUUGGAACACAUAUUUGACCUGAACGCUAGAUAUUAAUACAAUAAUGGAUGCAUUCGCAAAAUAAAACAUUAAGUUUGUAAUUCGAAUAGAUUAGAUAUUUUAAAAUAAAAUGUGUUUAAAGUCAAAAUUUUCAAAUGAUACAAAUUGAGACUUUUAAUUUUAUUUUUUUAAUGUCUCUUUGAAACAAGACAGUUUCUCACUCAGUCUUAACUCUUAAGCACUUGCAAAGUUGCGAGUCUAAAAUUCCCAUCAUUUGGCAUAGAAAAUGGUUUUGCUGUCCUUGACGUCGUCGUUUCAUACUCUCAACAUCCUAAACCUCCACCACACCUCACCUUAUCGUCAAUCAAACAACCGCCUCACAAGGGUAAUAAUCAGAUGCUCCUCGCCCUCAUCAUUCGCCAUGACAACAACCCCAUCAUCCACCGUUGAUCAUCAAUUUGAUCUGCGCACAUAUUGGACGGCCUUGAUUGAAGAAAUUAAUCAGAAACUUGAUGAAUCAAUCCCGGUUUCUUAUCCUGAAGUAAUUUAUGAAGCUAUGCGAUACACUGCCCUUGAUAAAGCCGCUAAGCGUGCCCCACCUGUUAUGUGUAUCACCGCCUGUGAGCUUUUUGGUGGUCACCGCUCCGCUGCCUUUCCUACUGCCUGUGCCCUUGAAAUGGUACAUGCUGCUUCUUUGAUUCAUGAUGACCUACCGUGCAUGGACAAUGAUCAAGUAAGACGAGGCCAUGCAGCUAACCACGUCAUAUAUGGUGAAGACAUGGCGAUUCUUGCAGGAGAUGCACUUUUCCCUCUUGGCUUCAGUCACAUCGUCACACAUACCCCACGUGAACUGGUCCCUGAGACACGAAUCCUGCAGGUCAUUGCAGAGAUUGCUCGAACUGUAGGGUCCACAGGUAUGGCUGCAGGUGAAUAUUUGGCACUUGAAGGUGGCCCAGAGGUUCUGGACUUCAUUCAAGAAAAGAAGUUUGGGGAACUUGCCGAGUGCUCAGCUGUCUGUGGAGGAAUAUUGGCUGGUGCCAACGAUGAUGAGAUCCAACGACUUAGAAGAUAUGGUAAAUCUGUUGGUAUCUUAUAUCAGGUGGUGGACGAUAUUUUAAAAGAGAAACAAAAGACCGAAGGAGAGGCGAAAAGGAGGAAGAAGAGCUAUGUGAGUGUUUAUGGGCUGGAGAAGGCGAAAGAAGUAGCAGAAAAUCUACGAGCGCAAGCAAGGAAGGAGUUGGACGGUUUCGAAAAAUACGGUGAAAAGGUACUCCCACUCUACAGCUUUGUGGAUUAUGCAGCAGACAGAGGCUUUAGUGUUGGUGGGUGAAAUUUGAUGAUGUAAAGGCUUCCGUUUUCGUUUAUUGUCGUAGAAUAGUAAACUAGGAUGUAACUGUACGGCGUCCCAAAGAGCUCGUCUAGUUUUUCUUAAUACUUUUUGAUGUUAACAAAAAGAGAAAAGAGGUCAAGUAUGAUUCAUGAAUGUUUGCAAAAGAGGAUCCUUCCUUGUAUGUAAUUAGUAUUGAGCAAUGUAUUUAGCUGCCCAGAACCUUUGCAUUUGAUAUAUGCUGUAAAAAAAUUACAGACGACCAGUUUAGUAGGUGGUAAUAAACGAUGGUAGUGAGAAUGAAAAAUCAGUGUAAUUUUGAUUGAAAAAUCUCUUUGGUAUCUUGAUGGCCAUGCUUGUUCAACUUCAA